UUCUUCCUCGACCUUUUGCUUGACCUUUGCCAACUCCAACAUACAUUGUGUGUCUCGUUUCAGCCUGUUAGGUUUCUGCUUGUGGUUUCUCAUGAGCAUACCUAAUCGUCCAGACACGCAUCUCCUCCUCCGAGGACGCGCUCUGAGCUGGUCAACCGCCACCUCUGGGCAGCACUCGCGCUCCGGGUAGCUGGGAGGAAACCUCAUCAUGGCUCCCUCUGCAACUCUCCCUGAGGGUCCUGCGUCUCCUACACCAGGAGCGAAGAGAACUACCACAUCUCUUCUUCCUGCCUUCGAGCCCUUCUCGUCUUCCCCGGCUUUACCGAGACCGCUGAAGCGCACCCGAGAUGCUGCAUUCGACGAGCACACGACAUAUCCCACUCCUGUACCAACUUCCUCCACGGCUAUUCUUACAUCUUCACCUUCACGAGGCACAAUAUCAAGACCAAAUCUUCCCAGCACUUCUUCCACGCUCUCGGAGCGUACCCCACUCGGAGCCGUGCCUUCAAUUCAACUCAACGGUGAUGGCAAAGUAACGCGUAUGGGAAGGUCUAGCGCCUCUUGCAACUACCAAUUCUCUGCCAAUCGCCUCAUAUCUCGCGUUCAUGUCGAAGCUUGCUACAAAGCUGCCACCUCGCGUCUUGAGCGUGAUCGUGUGCAGAUUACUUGCACGGGUUGGAAUGGUAUCAAGAUACAUUGCAAAGGUCAAGUAUAUGAGGUCAAGAAAGGAGAAACUUUUUCGUCCGACGUAAGAGAUGCUGAGAUCAUGGUGGAUGUUCAUGACAGUCGUGUGGUCAUUCAAUGGCCACCAAAGCCGCGACUGGGUGCUAUAUCAUCUGACGAGGAGGACGAGGAGGAUUCACCCACCAAACGCCAGCGAGUCAUGCUCCGACAUUCGACACCUCCAAGCCCCAGCCCAUUGCAAGCCCGUCGACGACCGGUUUCCCCUGUCUCGCCAUCCCCUGCUGUCCAAGCACUGUUACCUUCAUCACCGCCUGUACUUUCGAUCAAAGCCGUCACGGAAGUCGUCGAGAUAUAUGAAGAUCCGGAACCAGAAUCAGACACUAAUGGAGCGAAUGAUGUUGUAGAAGUAUCUCAGACGACCACCCAGGUGCUUACAGACAGUGUCCAAAACUCCAUGACUUCUCAGAACAACCUGUCAAGCACAUCGGAAGACUUCUCUGACAACGAUGAGGAGAAUGAUCCCAUCAUUCACUCAUUUGGACCGUUUGGUGCUAAUCUUCUGCCACGAAUGGCGGCUUUCACUGCUGGAGACUCUCCCAAUCCUAACGAAUCUGUGAAAAGUUCUCGAUCAUCACAUACCGAACCACUGCACCCGUCUCAACGUCCUGGCCUCGCUCCAAACCAAGCACCUGAAUUCGAUGUACGAAGUCACGUCACCAAUCAGCUUGCAUUUUCCAGACUGUCUUCAACACCUUGGACAACUAUCCUAAGCCACCUCCCGGCCGAGGCGGGCACUUUGUCGAUUAACGAAAUCAAGCAAAUUGUGAAGGAGACCGCGUGUAUUGGGGAAAUUUCUCGGGAAGGCAAAGAUGCUGCUGGGAAACCACUCGAGAGUGAAUACUACUACCUGCCCGACCUUGACGAGGAUGAGAAGAGAAGGGAAGCCGUCGUCAAUGAUCUCCGAAAACCAAGUUUGCGAGCAUGCCGUAAGCAACAUAAGCAAUACUUCUGGCGGAAACCGAAAUGAAGUGACCAAGGAGCAGCUGCAUCUGAACGGACCACCAUCCACGGCAGGAUCUACGAAAGAUCCUACCUACACUUUCCUAUUGCCGAUCUCCUUUUGUUGCAUAUCCGUUUGUUGCUCUUCUCAUAGGGCCAUGUGUGGUGUUUAGCGUUCAGCGAUUGUGCAUAGCGAUGAAACCUGCAUGUAUGGUUAAGCAUUCUGUGUACUCUGGGCUCACAACAUCACGGUUGUUAGAGUAUCUCACAAAGGAGCCGCACAGUCACAACAGAAGUAGCUUGAGAAAAUCAGUCCAAUAUCAGAUCUUUACGGUCA